AUGCUUCGGCGUUUAAUUUCUGAAUCAAAUGAUGAAUAUAUUGAAUCUGACGGAUAUUGUUCGCAGUCAGACAAGAAAUCAUCUGCAGAAAUCAAGAUAAAAGAUCUCGAAAAAACACCCCUCUUAUCGGGUCGUCAACAAAAUUCAUUUGUUGAAAUUUUACCAUCAUCAAAUUUUCGUCCUACGUGUACAGUGAGUUCAGAUGACGAUGAUGCAGUAGGAUUUGUAACUGAAAAGUAUGGAUCAUUCGGUGAUGUUGAAUUUACGUCCACACUCAUAGAAGCGAUCCGAGCAAUUCACAAAGGUAUAUUUCCGGAACGAAUUUAUCAAGGAUCAUCUGGGUCUUAUUUUGUAAUGAAUUGUUUUGGGGAAAAAAUUGGAGUAUUUAAGCCAAAAAACGAGGAACCAUAUGGUAGUCUAAAUCCAAAGUGGAUGAAGUGGAUCCAUAGGAUAUUUUUUCCAUGCUGUUUCGGACGUUCCUGUCUUGUUCCAAAUCAGGUAAGGGUUGAACUUUGGUAUCUUCAUACAGUUCGCUUUUGUCCAAAAGCAAUUUAUACCAAUAGAUUUACUAUGGUGUGA